ACGAUACGAGACGCGCGAUUUAGUGUGCCCUCUCUUUCCGCUGGCAACCUUUCAGCACCCGCCUCUCCUUUCGUCCCCCGCCGCCGCCGCCGCCGCCGCAGCUUCUGGGCCCUGAACCCUAGCGAUGGCGUCCUCCAAACUCUCCGACUGCUCCUCCGCCCGCCUCCUCCCCCUCCGCCGCGCGCUCCUCCCGCCCCGCCUCCGUCCCUCGCCCGCUCUAGCUUCCCGCAGGCGCCUCUUCGUGGCCGCCCCACCCCAGCUGCUCCCGCGCCCGCGUUGCAUGGAUUCGGUCCCCGCCGCCGCCGCCUCUUCCGCCGACCCAGCAACCAUUUCGUCUGAUGUAUCUGCCAAGAUAAUCGACGGGAAGCUGGUGUCGAAGCAAAUAAGAGAAGAGAUCGCCAUUAAAAUCGCCAGGAUGAAGGAUGCGAUUGGGAUAGUGCCCGGCCUGGCGGUCAUCCUAGUCGGGUCGAGGAAGGAUUCACAAACUUAUGUGCGGAACAAGAAGAAGGCGUGUGAAGUGGUCGGUAUAAAGUCGUAUGAGGUCAAUUUGCCGGAGGACAGUUCCGAGGAGGAGGUUAUCAAGCACAUAGCGAGCUUUAACAGUGAUCCAUUUGUGCAUGGCAUCUUGGUUCAGUUGCCCUUACCUCGUCAUAUGAACGAUGAAAACAUUUUGAAUGCUGUCAGUAUUGAAAAGGACGUUGAUGGCUUUCAUCCACUGAAUAUUGGACGACUUGCAAUGCAAGGUCGAGAUCCGUUUUUUGUUCCUUGCACCCCAAAAGGAUGCAUGGAGUUGCUACACAGAUAUGGAGUUGAAAUAAAAGGGAAGAGAGCUGUUGUAAUUGGACGAAGCAAUAUUGUUGGAAUGCCUGCCGCGUUAUUGUUGCAAAAAGCAAAUGCAACUGUCAGCAUUGUACAUUCACAAACUAAGAACCCUGAGGAAAUAACAAGACAGGCAGAUAUAGUCAUCGCAGCUGUUGGAGUUGCCAACUUGGUCAGAGGGAAUUGGAUAAAACCUGGUGCAGCUAUUAUUGAUGUUGGCAUCAAUCCAGUUGAUGAUCCGGAAAGCCCUCGGGGUUAUAGGCUCGUUGGAGAUGUUUGUUACGAGGAGGCCUCCAAGGUUGCCGGAGCGAUCACACCAGUUCCUGGUGGUGUUGGGCCGAUGACCAUUGCGAUGCUUUUGUCGAACACACUCCAGUCGGCUAAAAGGAUCCACAAAUUCAAAUAACUGCACGAUCCAACAAAAAUGAAGUUAGAUGGGUGCCUAACCUUUGAUGUAGACUACAAGCAAUGUUUUGCUCAACUGUUUUAUACUUUUAUGUUGGACCCGAAGAGUGCAACAGGAGUCUUCAAAUAAAUUUUGACACAGAUGAGAUACGAAUCCCCGGCUUGAUUCAGUAUUGUAUUUGAUAAUGUUACAUGGAAUCAUGUUUUGGUCCUCGGUAGAAUUCCAUGUGAAGUUG